AUGCCUCCGUCCUGGACCCAGCGUUUCCUGCCCAAUCCUGCCCCCGCCAGCACUCCCCCGACUCGAGAUGCACGCUCCAACUCCCGCGACAAGCCCCUCCCCACCCUCCCCUCCAGCACUUCAGACACACCUACCCCUCCCGCGUUGAUUGGAAGAGAUGGCGAAAGAUCCAUGGCCACCCCGACCCACCCUCCCCGCCAUCAACAUGCUCGAUCCUCCAGUCACCCACUCCCGAAGCUAUUCAGCAAGAUGAAGAGCGCUGGAAACCUCCACGGCUACAACGACACCGAUGUUCCCUUGGAUGAAGACCUCGUCCCUGUCCUCGACGACCCCACCCCCUCCCCAAAUCGAAAAGGCUCUGGGAAGAAGCCACAGCAGGAUGACGAUGCGAACAAGACAUCCCGGCGAUGCAUGUGCUGCGACAGUCGGGUCAAGGUGCCGCGCGAGCUGGAAAAGUUCCGGUGCAUGUGCUGUCUGACAAUCAACGACUUGGCCCCGGUUGAAGAGCAGCAGCAUGGAUCAGAAAAGGACAAGGCGGAUUCUGUGGGCAAGCCGUUGCCAUUGUCGGUGGAGCGUGCAAAAGGAAUCAUUGAUCGAUGUGUUGUGGCAUAUUUGGACUCGAGAUGUCGCAAGGAGCACGAGGUCAGGCCGACACGCGCAGUCUCAUCGCCUUUACAGACACCCGAGGAAAAGGGAAACCCUCUGAACUCCAUACCGAUACGAGGAAAACAGAAUCCCACCCUACGACAGCUGGUCGAUGCUCCCUUAUCGAGCUCUCCUCCGGACCGCCCCUUACCCCCAAAGCGAAAGCCGCCGCCUCCACCUACUUUUGGCAAAAGCGAUCCAAUUCCACACCACUCGGGACACGCGUCAAGCCCCAACAUGACGCCUCAAGAAGCGGAGCGACGACGACGCUACGAUCGAGUCAAGACCAUCUUCCGGCCUUUGGAAGAUCACAUCGUCUCCUCCUUUGGCACCUUCCAAACCCUCAACACCUCCUUCAGCACGUUCAAACCUGCACCCCCAGAACGUGCGAGGAGUGAAAGCCAUAUUGUCACCCCACCCCCUGAACGGGCAACAGACAAAGCCCUAACCCCGGUCAACAUGUCCGAGCUCGACGCAAAGACUCUUCUCCUCGGCGAUAUCGGAGAGAAUGGUACCUGGUGGACGGGCAAGCUGGGCCGAUACGACUCGGGCGUCAAGCGGAAACGAGUUGGCGAAGGCCCAAGGAAAGCCAUCUCUUCAAAGUCACCCGACAUUCACUGGUCCGAUGUCAGCAAAUGGUACGGACUCAUCCACUCUGCUGGAAGCGAUUGGCAGAGCAAGCUCGAUUCCAUCACCGUAGACGGCUCGAGAGAAAGACUGCAAGGCCCAAACAACUUCGACGAGAUUGAAUACGAUCUGGGCGAAGCUCGAGAGCACGCCAUUCGUGCAUUGCUCAAAGUCACGGAGAAUCUUCUCAAGCGACCGACGAGACCGCUCAAGGAAGCGGAAGAUCUGAGGUUCUUGCUCAUCAUCCUCGCCAAUCCCUCCCUCUACCCCUCCGCCCCCAGACACCGUCGAGUCUUUUCUAAUGACCUUGAUCGGCCGGGAAGAUCACCAUCCGACAAGCGGGAGAGUCCAAAGUGGCCCUUACCCCGAAAGCCAAGCGAAAGGCAAGGAAGCCAACAUACGGGAAUUCUCAAGCGCAUCUUUGGCUUGUUGGCAGGAUCCACCGACAUCUGUCAUCGAUAUAUGAUCGGCUGGUUCUCCCGCUUCGAUGAGGUGCACUUCACCAGGAUUGUGGAUCUUGUCGCCAGCUUCGUCACUCACCGAAUCUCUCGCCGGGGCAGUCGUCCUCAAAACAAGGGCAUCCUCGGUGACGGCGGUCUGAUCCCCGAUUUGUCCGGAUCUGCCAUGAACACCUCCGCUCAAUUACAUUCCGCAAUGGGAUUGAGCGGAUCGCUAAAGAAGCGCAGCGAUGACCCUGAUCAAGAACCCGCAUACGCUACCGAUUGGCAGAUCAAAGCCGCUGCCAAAGUCAUGUUACUGCUGUUCGCGGCCAACAACAUCUGGCAAGGUCAACGGAGAAGCAAAACCGAUCGGAUAGACUCUGGCGUCAGCAUGUCUCAUCAGACCCCAGCAAAGCGAAGCGGACAACUUCUGCACACAUCCAGUUUCUACAACACCCUUCUCGAUUAUCAGGACAUGAUUGUAGACUUCAAAGUGUGGGAGUCGAAGAAGGAGAAGUUUGCUUUUUGCCAGUAUCCCCUCUUCCUAUCCAUGGGCAACAAGAUCAAGAUCCUAGAAUACGAUGCACGCAGACAGAUGGAGAUCAAAGCACGAGAGGCCUACUUUGACUCUGUCAUCCGCUUUCGUGCGUUGGACGGCUACUUUCACCUCCGAGUCCGGAGGGAUUGCAUGGUUGAGGACAGCCUGCGACAAAUCAGCGAGGCCGUCGGCGCUGGCCAGGAGGAAUUGAAGAAAGGGCUCCGCGUCCAGUUCACCGGCGAAGAAGGUGUCGAUGCGGGCGGGCUGCGAAAGGAGUGGUUCCUGAUGCUUGUACGCGACAUCUUCGACCCGAACCACGGCCUCUUCGUAUACGAUGACGAGUCACGCCUCUGCUAUUUCAACCCCAAUUCAUUCGAGACAUCGGACCAGUACUAUCUCGUCGGCGCACUACUAGGCCUGGCAAUCUACAACAGCACCAUCCUGGACAUCGCUCUACCGCCAUUCGCCUUCCGCAAACUUCUCGCCGCUGCGCCAGCUUCCACCACCAACGGAGCAGCUAGCAUCGCCUCUCUUACCGGCACCAAGGGCCAGAUGACCUACACCCUCGCGGACCUCGCAGAACUCCACCCCUCACUCGCCGCAGGUCUACAGCAACUGCUCGACUUUGAAGGCGAUGUGCAGGAGACCUACUGCCGCGACUUCGUGGCCCCAGUGGAGCGCUACGGCGUGCACACCAAUGUCCCGCUCGUUCCCAACGGCGCCCGUAUCCCCGUGACCAACACCAACCGCCAGGAAUUCGUCGACGCAUACGUGCGCUAUCUCCUCGACACCGCGGUGGCCAAGCAGUUUGAGCCAUUCAAGCGCGGUUUCUUCCAGGUCUGCGCUGGCAAUGCCCUCUCUCUCUUCCGCGCCGAGGAAAUCGAACUUCUGGUGCGCGGCAGCGAUGAAGCGCUCGACAUCGACUCGCUGCGUGCUGUAGCCGUGUACGAGAAUUGGCGGGAUGACACACCGCAGCACGCUCCCGUACCUCGACCCGCAGACAUAGUGCCCGUCAUCCAAUGGUUUUGGGAACUGUUUUCCGAGGCGUCACCGGAGAAGCAGCGGCAACUACUCACGUUCGUCACGGGGACGGAUCGCAUCCCAGCUGUCGGGGCUACGAGUCUGAUUUUGAGGAUUGUCGCUGGAGGCGACGGAUGGGGUGGAGGAGGCGAGGAGGAACUCGCACGAUUCCCCAUCGCGAGGACUUGCUUCAAUAUGCUAGUUUUGUGGCCUUACGCGAGUCAGAGGCAGUUGGAGGAGAAGUUGUGGCGGGCGGUGGAGGAGAGUGAGGGGUUUGGGUUGAAGUGA